AUGAAAAAUGCUUACAUAAGCACUUACAUAAGCACUUUCCAUAGACACCUUUUACUUCACCAGUUUAAACACUCUACCCACCUAAUCUACUCUUCCUCCUCCCAACCACUCUCCACCCCCCGUACCCACCCCUACAUCCUCGCAAACCGUCAAACACUUCAAUGCCAUCCCUCACUUCCUCCCUUCAUCAUCUCAUCACUUCGCAAAAAAAUUUCAAGCAUGUCAGUAGUAGGUUCAUUGAUCUUUUGUACCGAUUGUGGUAACUUAUUAGACCAACUCACAUCCAAGAAAACCAUAGACUGUAAGAUCUGUAACAAAUCUUACGAAUCAUCGAAGUUUGAGAACUUAAAAGUCAAAACCACUUCUAAUGAAGAUGCUUUCCCAUCAACGUUGAAGAUGAAUAGAUCAGCUGUUAAGACCAGUUUAAAGAAAGAUGAACUUGACGAAGGGGCCACUAUCAAAGAGAAAUGUCCUAAAUGUGGUAAUGAUGAAAUGCAAUACCAUACUUUACAAUUAAGAUCAGCUGAUGAAGGGGCUACGGUGUUUUAUACCUGUACCAAUUGUGGAUACAGAUUCAGAACUAAUAAUUAG